AUGGGUCGACCUACCAUUCUCAUUAUUCCUGGGGCCUCUGCCACACCGGAGCUGUACGAGUCCUUCGUCAGUGCCGUGGUGCAGAGGGGCUACGAUAUUGAGGCUUUACCUAUCCCCAGCGUCGGCAAUGCCAACGGGUCUAACGGAGCGCCACCGACGAUGUAUGACGAUGUGACAUUUAUUCAGUCACGCAUUGCCGCUCUUUCAGAUGCUGGAAAGGACGUGAUCAUCGUUACUCACUCCUACGGGGGAGUGCCGGGCACUCAGUGUGUACAGGGGUUCAGCAAGAAAGAGAGGCAGUCAAAUGGGCUAGAGGGAGGCAUUAUUGGCCUCGCAUACAUCACCUCCUUGAUUCCAGAACUGGGCCAGCCCGCCGUGAGCGUACAGGCAUCUAUACCAGAGGAACGCAAGGUUCCAACCGCAAUUGAUGCGGACGGCUGGGUCUAUUAUCCUGAUUACACAAGGUUAGCGGAGGUGUCGUUCACGGACAUGCCUGGGGCGGAAGGCCUACACUGGGCUCAAAAGCUGGGAAAGCACUCGGCCGCUGCUUUUGGUAGUCCCUUAACGUAUCAAGGCUUUAAGGAUGUCCCCGUGUCAUACCUGCUUUGCAAGAAUGAUCUCGUUAUCCCACCCGAGUAUCAACAAGCUGGUAUCGACAUGAUUGAGAAGACAACGGGUAAAAAGGUCGAUGUCACGGCUAUCGACUCUGACCAUGUCGCACCUCUUAGCCACCAGCAGGAGGUUGUUGAUUGGAUUGUUGGUGUGGCGGACCGCUUGGGGAAGGCAUAG